UGCCCGUCGUCCGACCGCCGCCACUCACCCGACGACGCCGAAGCUGCCGCCCCUCCCAAACACCCGCCGUCCCGUCGAAGCCCGCACAGGCGGCGAGACUUACCCAUCUCUCGUUCCGCGUUCGCCGUGCUACUCGCGCACGCACGCGCCACUAUUCAGCACAUACCGUACGACCGAACGCCGCGUCGCCGUCAAACACUCGAGUGUCGUUCGGCUCGUCGCGCAAACAUACGACAUACGUCGUCGUCACGCUGCACUUUGAGGCGCGCCUUUUCCCGUUUUUACAACAAUAAUAUUAUUCCGUUGUUGUUAACGUCGGUGCCUACUUAUUAUUAUUAUUAUUAUUAAUGAUAUUAUACGGACACCGGUUGUUUAUAUUUUGUUUACAAACUGAAGGAUAAAAUUUGACCGGAUUAAUAUUUUUUAUUAUUUUGCUCUCUUUUGCAACAAUUGGAAUUUGAUAUAUUUAAUUUUUUUUUCUUAAUCUACGCACAAAAAUGUCUAAGGUUUCGAAUUAUAUUAAAGCGCUCAACGGAAACGUGAACCUCGCCGCCGACGACGAGCUCAAGGAACAAUUUACCAAGGUAACGUUGACACUGCAGUGAUAAUACUAUUAUUUUGUUGUUGUUAAUAGGCGUUUUUCCAUGACCAUACGGAACAAUAAUAUAACGAUAAAAAUAUGAUGGUUUAUAAUAACGUUACCCAUGUCGUUUGUUUCUGUAUUUUUUUGUUUUGAAAAACAAAUAAAUCGUUCCCUUUCGUUUCAUUAAAUUCAAGUGUUACAAUAUUAUAAUAUCUUGUCAUGAGGAGAGAUGAAUAUGAAACAGUAAGAACUGUUAUGGAAAUAAACGUAGGAAACAAGAGGUGAAGGGGAAGACCGAAAAAAGAUGGUUGUACGCGGUUGAGAAUUAUAUGAAGAUAAUCGGUAUAUGCGAGUUGGGAGAUCGGGUUGUUGUUUAGGGUUUGUUGGAAGUUUAAACGAGGGUCGCCGACCACAAAUAAUCGGGAUGAAAGUGAAGGAGAAGAAUAAUUGUCAUAUUUACGACUAGGUACGAUAAAGAUUUGUAUGCAUUUCCUUUUGAUUCAUAAUGCCGUGCAGUAACUCUGUAUACUCGCAACAUAAUAGACAAAACCCGACGUCUAUAACUUUAUACAUCUGUAGAACAAAUAAUUGGCAUUUAUCAGCUUGAUUAUCUUUCUUUAUUGUAAAUUAUAUUCUUUGACAUUAAUUUAUAAUCACGAAAUUCUUAUUCUGAUUUUAUGGUUUAUAUUAUUAAAUUGUCAUAAUUUAUUAGCUAUUUUAUCAAUAUUAGUAUUAUUAUUAAUUUUAAUUAUAGGUAUAACUUUUAAGUCAUUUAAAUUUCCCAUUAACCUAUUUAGGGAGUGUGUUCGUUUUAUAAAAUAAUUAUUAGUGAUAACAUUUAAUUUUUUAUUAUAUUUUUUUACAAUUAUUUCUAAAACAAUAUUGUUACGAAUGAAAUUAUACAUUGUUUUAAUAGCUUAAGAAGAAUAAUAGCUAUUUUUUAUCUUUAUUAUAUAAGUAACAUAAAUUAUUAUAAUAUGUAUCAUUUAAAAAUAUAAUAUGUAGGUACCUAUAAUACUCGAUGAAAAAUGUUUUGUAAUCAUUGUUUAAUUUAUUAGUUAUUGCCCGGUAAUAAUUAAUAAUUUUAUCAUUGUUUAAUACCUACCUAUUUACUUAAUAAAUAAUAAUUUAACAAUAUCAAAUUUAUAAGUUUCGUGAAUAUAUUUUACAUCGACCUAUACUUAAAUUUCAAUAAGUUUCAUAUUUUACUAAAUACAAAUAGGUACUUACUACCUAUUUUAAUUUAAUUAUUUCUAUAAACAGAUUUUAUUCAGUUAUCUACUGUUUUUUAGUUUUAUACUAGUAAUGAAGUUUCUAUAUUUUAUAGUUACCUAGUUUUAAAUGAUUUGGAUUAUAAGUAGGUUAGAUUAGGAUAGUUAUUUUAUUUGCAUGGUAAGUUAAAAAAAUAAGAUUUUAGUUUUUCAUCUUUUAUGUGUUUGCCAAACAAUAUAUUCUGUACAAAGAAUUAAAUAAAAUCUGAUAUUGAGUCUCCUUUACAUACCUCCUGGGACAUUCUAAAAAUCUAAAAUGCAAGCUGAUUUGAUUAAACAGGCCAAAAUGACUUUGACCAUACCAUGUACUACAUAUUAGUUUAAAUGGUCGAAGCGAAAUGCAGAUUUAUCGAGUGUCCAACAUAAACAAUGAUGUUUUAUCAUAGACCUAUAAACUAAGAUGAGAAAGUAAUUAUUUUGAAUUUAAUAUACCAUUUAAGUUUGUUACUCUUAUUCAUUCUUCACUAUUAGUCUAUCAAAUUUCCUGAUUUGCCAUACACGCACAAAUAACAUUAAAGUUUGAUAUAUAGGUACCUAUUCCCUGCUGCAAAUAGGUAAAUUUAGGUAGCAUUAUAGGUAUAGAGACUGAUAUUUUUUUUUAAAUAUUCAAUUACCCCAGAAUAAACUGAAUUUGUAUUAUAUUAUAUUAUAUAUUAGUAAUGCAGAUAGAUAUAAAGAGAAAUAGAUUCUUAUCUACACACAAAUAAAUUUAAAAAAAGGGAUUACGUAUAUAAUAUAAGGCAUUUAGGUUAAAAUAACUUUAAAUAAACAUGCCAAUUAUUAACAAACAGGUACUUAUCUGCAUUAUAUUAAAUUAAUUUUUAGUAAAACAAAUUUUAUUAAGAUCUCACCUAUAACAGGGGCCUGCUCACAAUACGAAUGAGGUAUGUUAUAUAACAUAUAGGUAUAUUGUCAUCCGAUUUACACCUGUUACAACUCUCUCAUCAGGAAUUAAAAAACAAUAAAAAAUUAAGAUUAGCAAAUAAAUUUAAAUAAAUACAACAUAAUUAAAACUAAUUACUUUAAUAUAAAUUUUGGUAGUUAAUAGGCCUAUGUCGUAAAACAGUGUUAUUCAUGAUGAUCACAUUAUCUGUUAGGCGUUCAGUCAGCCUGCAAUGUAUUUCUCACGAGGCUGCAUUUUGAUUAGUGUAAUAAAAUCAGUCUUUAUGUUGCUGACUAGUCUGUAUUUUAGACUCGCUCAUACUCAUACAUUUAUAACUGUUACAUAUAAUAACAUGAACAUAAUAUAACUGUACUAUCUGUGCUUAACUUAUCCAUUUUGUAACAAUGAACAAUUUGAAUAUUCGGUCAGUUUACAAUCGCGUUUUUAAUUUUGAUCCUUACAGAUCAUUAAAACUUUGAUCAAAACCUAUAUUUGCCUACUCGUAUUAUUUUUUAUUAGUUGCUAGGUUAGGUAAAUCAAAGGAUUUAUUAUUUUUGUUACAAACUUAACUAACAUUUAUCUUGAAAAUAAUAAACCAUACUUUUGAAAAAACUAAACCCUAUAUUCAUUCGAAGGUAUGGCCUUGAUUUUAGUAUACCUAUUUGUUAGUAUAGUAUCUAUAGGUACAGCUAUAAAUGUUUGGUAUUCUACAAAUAUAUGCUAAUAUCUUUAUUGCACAAUAUCCUUAUAAAUAUUAUGAUGAGUACUUAAUAAUUAAAAUGUUUUAGGUACCUACUUUAUAACCUAUAGCGCAAUAGUCAAUUAUUGACAUCUUGAAAAUUUAUUUUUUGUUUUUAUUAAUAACUAUAGAUUGUAAAAAAUCACAAUAUUCUUUAAAAAUAAAAUGAAUAAAUUGGAUAUUAUAUAGUUGUUACUCAAAAGUUUAUGGAACAUUAAUGUAUGGAUGUUACAGUUCUUAAUAAAAUCUUAAAUCCUAAUAAUCCUAAACAAUUUGUAUAAUAUUCUACAAGUAUUAUUUAUAAUAAGAAUUUGAUUAUCACAUUUCGAUUUUGUAUUAUUUACUUUUAUAUGAGAAUUUAUGACAUUUAUAUAGUUAAAGAUACAAACAUGUAUUAAAUAUCCGCAGAACUUACAUACAUAAUAACUAUUUUAAGAUUUACAAAUUAAAGUUUCAUAAUAUCUGAACCAUAUAAAUUAGUAGGUAAUGUUCAAAAAUGUACAGUUAAAGAUCACUAAUGUUCAUAGAAAUGUUCUGCUCUCAUAUUAGAUUUUAUUUAGUUAUUAUUUUAUUAACAUUCCAAAGAUUAAAGUUUAAAGUAUAUCUUGUAUUAAAUCCAAGAUUACAUGCUAUACAUAGUAAUUAAAAUGAAACUUGAAAUUAGAUAAGAUCAAAAUCAAAAAAGUUUAAUAACGGAGGAGAGCUGGUGACAUAAAUGGCUAUUAAUAGUAUAAUUAUUUUUAAUUUGUAGUAUUAUGAAUGGUUGCUUUAGAGUGUGAUAAUAUUAAGAACUUUUAAAUUCAUCAGCCUGUGUAAUUUGAUUGAUACAUUUGGUGAAAUCUGAUGUACUUUUCAUUCAUUUGUGUAUAUAUAUAUAUAUAUAAGAAUUCUUUGAUUUUGAGAGAUUCUAAGCCUAAUUUCCUUAAGACAUCUUUGAUCAACUGGUCUUUAAUAUAUAAUUUAAAAACUAUAUAACAUAGUUAUCACUUGUAUUUUAUCUAGUUGGUUUACCAAACUAACUUAAUUGGAGUUCAAAUUACAGAUCCAAAAAUUAGUUUUGAGUAUACUUAGGCAAUGGGCACAGUAAAAUAAUUUUAAAUAGGUGGCAUGUUUAAAAUUAUCACAAAUUAUUUAUCAUUUCUAAUAUAAUUGAACACAUUUUUGAUGAAUUUAAUAAUCUAGAUUAACAAGGUAGGGAUUUUUGGAUUUAUAUAACUAAUAAAUAAUAUUUGUAUACCUUUGUAUACAUAACCUUACUUCUGUUAGUAGAAUAAUUAAUUAUAGGAUAAUUAUAAAAUGUUUAAACAUCAUAAUUGACAUAUUUUAUGAAUUACAAAAUAUUUAUAAAGUUGUAAAUUUCAAUUGCGAAUAAAACUAAUAUUUAGUAUAAGUAUUGAAGUUUUAUUUGUUAAAAAAAUAUUAUUUUUUUACAUCAUUAAAAUUAACAUACAAAAAACUCACACAGUUGUUAUUUUGAUAAAGUUAUUGAAGAGUUAUAUUUAAAUUUUUUUUUUCAGCAAAUUAUUGAAAUAUUAUAAAUAGUUUAAUAAUUCAGUAGUUUAUAAAUAAAUUAAUAAUUUAAUUAAUAUGUAUUUAAUAAAAAAAACAUUACUUAUUUGUUUUAGUUUGACAAAAAUGGAGAUGGAAGUAUUGAUCUUUCAGAAUUACAAGAAGCUCUAGAUUCAUGUGGCUUUAAGUUGCCUGCAUGGAAGGUUCGAAAAAUGAUAGAAGAUUAUGAUAAUAAAAAAACUCAAACAAAGGGCAAACUCGUAUUUUCAGAAUUUCAAAAGGUUAAUUAUUAUUAUCAUUUUCUAAUUUAACAAUACAGUUUUUUUUUUAAAUAUGUCAUGUUCAUGUUUUAGUUAUGUUCAGAUUUAAAAGCUGGAGAAGUAGCUAGUUCAUUUAAACAAGUUGUUUCUAAAAAAGAAAACUUAGAAACCUUAGGUGGAAUGUCCGAUGCAUCAAGUGAAGGAACUACACAUUCUGUAAGAAUAGAAGAACAACUUGCAUUUUCUGAUUGGAUUAAUAGUAACUUAAGUCUUGAUCCUGAUCUGAAGCAUUUGCUUCCUAUUGCAAGUGAAGGAAAAAAUUUAUACGAAAAAGUCAAAGAUGGAAUUUUAUUAUGGUAAAAUAGUAUUUAUUUAGGACUAAUUUUUUAAUAGUUAUCACUUUAUUAUAAUUGAUUUAUCUAUCUUAGUGUACAAAUUAAAUUUUUGGAUUUUUCAGUAAAGUUAUAAAUCAUUCAUGUCCUGACACAAUUGAUGAAAGAGCAAUUAAUAAAGAAUCAAACAAAAGCAAUCUUACUGUUUAUAAAAAGUUAGAGAAUUUGACAUUAGCACUAGUCUCCAGUCAAGCUAUAGGUUGUAAUAUUGUCAACAUUGAUGCCCAUGAUCUUGCAAAAGGAAAACCACAUUUAGUACUUGGUUUACUCUGGCAAAUUAUUAGGGUUAGCACUUUUAUUUUUAUUAUACAAUGAAAAUAAAACAUCUUAAAUUUAUUAAAUUAAAUUUGUUAAAAUUAUUCAGAUAGGAUUGUUUAAUCAAAUAACUCUAGAAAACUGUCCUGGGUUAGCUACAUUAUUACAAGAUGGCGAAAAAAUUGAAGAGCUUAUAAAACUAUCACCAGAAGCUAUACUUUUACGAUGGGUAAACUACCACUUGAAUCGUGCUGGAGUUUCAAGGUAAAUUUAAUAUUUAAUUUGUGUACGACAAUUAUUGAAUAAUAAUAAUAAUAAUAAUUAUUGAAUUGUAAUUUUUAAAAUUAAUUUUUUAAUUAUAGACAAUGUCAUAACUUCCAAAAUGAUAUAACUGAUUCAGAAAUAUACACCUACCUUAUGAAACAAAUAGCACCAAUUGAUUCUGAUGUUGAUAUGUGUGCAUUAAUGGUAAUUUUUAAAAGAUUUUAUAAGAUUGGACUGAAGAAUAUAAACAACUUUUUAUUAAUUUCAUUAGCUAAUAUCUUUUUUGUAAUUAAAAAGAAAACAUUUACACUGAACUAAAUAUUUUACCUAAUAAGUUUAAUUUACACAUUUUUUUUUAUGAAAAUAAUUUGAUUUAGAUAAAUAUGUACAUUUUAAAUGUGAUUAUUAUCAAUUGAAUUUAUUUGUAUUUAGGAACCUGAUAUGAACAAAAGAGCAGAAAUGAUGUUACAGCAAGCAGCCAAAUUAGGUUGUCGUAGUUUCGUUACACCUGCAGAUGUUGUAAAUGGCGUAUACAAAUUAAAUUUAGCUUUUGUGGCAAAUUUAUUUAAUAAUCACCCAGGAUUAGACAAACCAGAAGGAGAAAUUGCAGGAUUAGAAUCAAUUGAAGAAACAAGAGAAGAAAAAAGUUAGUUUUUAGUUUAGAACAAAAAAGAAAAAAAAUGUAUACAUAUUAUGUUUUAGAAUUCAAACUGUCUAAGUUAUUAAUUAUUAGUCUUACUUAUUUAUUUUAUUUAUUAUAGCUUAUAGGAACUGGAUGAACUCAAUGGGUGUUGCACCUCAUGUCAAUUGGCUUUAUUCGGAUCUAGCUGAUGGUCUUGUAAUUUUUCAAUUGUAUGACAUCAUUAAACCAGGAAUUGUUAAUUGGUCAAAAGUACAUAGGUAAAAAAAAAAAUUAUAUAUAUAUUCAAUUUUUAGUAAUAGUAUUUGAUAUUCUGUAUUUCAUUAAAUUUUAGGAAAUUUUCUAAACUACGAAUGUUUAUGGAAAAAUUGGAAAAUUGUAACUAUGCUGUUGAAUUGGGCCGGCAACUUAAGUUUUCUUUAGUUGGUAUUGCUGGGCAAGAUUUAAAUGAUGGAAAUGCAACUCUUACAUUAGGUUAGUAAAAUUUAUGUAAUAUUAAUUAUUUUAAUUAUUAUGCAAAUCUUUUUUUUUCUGAUUAAUAUUUAUACAAAAUUAAGUUUAUAUUAUAUUGUUCGCAAACAUGAGUGGGAGUUGAAGGAUAGUUGGCAUGGUAAUUUUGCGAGGUGGAUGAAUUCCAAGCAGUCGAUUGGAUGGAUUUUGUGAAGUUUUGGAUGGCAUCAUCGACUGCGUCAGGAGUCUUUAAACAAGUGUUUAGGUUAAUUCUUAGGUCAAUUACUUUCUGAAAAUUAGUCCAUUUCGUGGAGCCAUUUGUUAGAUAUGUUUUACUGGGUGGGGAGGAAAGAAUAUAAUCCAGAGAAAGGAAAAUAGGGGUAUGGUCAGAACAUGGGUCAACUAGAUUCUUUAUUAAAUGGUUAAAGUUAGUUGGCAUUUUUGUGACGAAAAUAUUGAAAAUGUCUGGACGCUUACUGGUAGAGGAUGGCCAGUAGGUUGGAUUUGGGGGGCAAACUAAUAACAUAAAAAUGCCGAGCCAGAUACUAGACUUCUCUCUGACAAAAACACAUUCAACAAUCUUAUCUCAAAUCAAAAACAAUUCUUUCUACAACUGAACCUCCUCUUUGACAACAAAAAAUGGAUCUCUCUGGAGGGCUACCCAUAGUUAGCUUGAGCAGAAAAACAUCCUAGCUCCACUAAAAAAUGAACUAGCAACUGGUGUAUAACUGUUUUCUCAAGGUGAAAUCCAAUGUUGCAUUAAAUCAUUUCUUCUUAAAAAAUCACCUGGGUUGAAUCUUAUCACUGCCGAGGUUGCCCGUCAACUCCUUAAGAAGGCACUUGUUCAUCUAACUCACAUUCUUAAUGCAAUAUUAAGACUAUCAUACUUCCCACUCCAAUCGAAAGUUUCAGUAAUCAUCUUAUUCCAGAAAAUCGGCUAACCCCCCCGCCCCCUCCGAUAUUCCUUCUUCUUAUUGUCCUAUUAAAUGCGUUUCAGUGAUCAUUAAUAAUAAUAAAGUAAUCUCUCAUACCCAGUUUGGCUUCAAAAAUAAACACUCCACUAUUAUCCACUAUAUUAAAUCCAUCGCUUAACCAUAUCCUAUUCUCUGGAAAAAAAACUCUUUAUUGUUUGGACCUUGCUCAAGCCUUUGAGAAGGUCUAGCAUACAGGUCUUUUGAUAAAAUUAAAAUAAAUUCUCCCCCCUCCAUACAUCCUAUUUUUAAGUUGUACCUAAAAAAAUCGCCAAUUUAUAACACAAGUAGGUUCUGAGUUUUCUGAUCUAGCCCCAUUAGACAAAGUCUAAUGACAAUCCUCUUGUCACUAGUCAAUAAUUACAAAGUUACCUUAAUCAAAUGGAAAGUAAAAUAAACACUGAAAAAUCUUCACAUAUAACUUUCACUCUUUCCAAGGCAUCAUCCCCCCUUUUUUCUGUCUAAUAAAAUUAUCCCAGCUGUUUCUAGUGUUAAGUACUUAGGUUUGAUACUUGACAAAAGCUUAACCUGGGCUUAUCAUAUUAAACAAAAAAGGCUACUCCUAAACUUAAGACAUAAGUCACUAUAUUCUCUAUUAGACAAGCAGUCUAUGCUCAACUUAAAAAUAAAUUGCUACUCUACCAAACCCUCCUCAAAUCUAUCUGGGCCUAUGGUGUCCAAUUAUGGGGAGGGGCAAAAAAAUCCAAAAUUUACAAAGUGCAGACCUUCCAAUUCAUAUCCUUCCAAAUAUUAACUAAUGCGUCCUUCUUCGAAUAACAUUCUACACUUCGAUCUCAAUAUACUGACUGUUGUUGAAGUGGCCACAUUGUAUUAUUAGCAUUUUCUACCACCCAAAUUCUCUAAUUCUUUCUUUAAACUCAGCCAACAUUUCCAGAAAGUUAAAAAGGCUUAAGAGGCCUGGUGUUGUUAUUUGGCUCAUUAGACAAGUUAAAAAAUCCUACAUAAGUAUUAUAAUCUAACUAUACUAUUUUUCAUGAGAAAAGGGUAGUGUUUCGCGCAUGUAGCUGAGCUACGUAUUAUUGAUAGUGAUGUGGCCCGAUAGUGGUAGGAGCCCUGUGCGAGGUGUGCGGCGUGGGAGAAUGACUAGUUUUCGUCGAGACUACCGUUCUUUUGUGAAAAAUAUAGAUUUAAUAAAUAGUUUAAUCUCUAUCGCAUCUAAGUGUUACUGCUGGGUAACUUCUCUUUUCUCUUUUUCAUGUCAUUUUUAACGAAUGUUCAUAUGCUCAUUGUAAAUAUAAUUAUAGGUUGUAUGUAUAAUAAUAAAUAUUAGAAAAAAAAAAUAUUAUAUUGUAUGUUAAUUUUAUUUUGUAUUUUAGCUUUAAUUUGGCAACUAAUGAGAGCAUACACCUUAUCAGUUUUGACUCAACUUGCUAAUACUGGCAGUCCAAUUAUUGAAAAAGAAAUUGUCAUCUGGGUUAACAAUAAAUUACAAAAUGCCAACAAAUCAUCAGUAUUAAGAGGUUUCCAAGAUCAAGCAUUGUCAGAUGGGAGAAUUGUUAUUGAUUUAAUUGAUUCAAUAAAACCUGGUACCAUUAAUUAUGAUGUAGUCAAGGAGAGUGAUGACAUAGAGGUAUAUCUAUUCAAAAAAAUAUUAUUUCUAAGUUGAAUAAUAAUUGUUAACCAAAUCAUUUGUUUUAGGAUAAAUUAGCAAAUGCUAAGUAUGCGAUAUCAAUGGCCAGAAAAACUGGUGCUAGAGUUUAUGCUUUGCCAGAAGACAUUACUGAAGUAAAACCAAAAAUGGUAAUGACUCUCUUUGCUUGUCUUAUGGCUAUAGAUUAUGUUCCUUACAUGGCCAUUACUGGAAAGGCAGACUCAUAAUAAAAUAAAUAUUUCUUAUAUAUUAUUAAUAAUCAUCGCCAAUUAUAUAUAUAUUUAUAUACAUAUUAAUUCAUUAAUUUAUGUUGAACAAUUUUUCCAUUAUUUAAUAAUCAGCUGCAUUUAACUUGUUGGCUGUGAUUAACUUUUGAUGUAGGAUACCUUUUUGUUACUAUACAUUUUUUUUUUUAAAUAUUAUUACACAUAAUUAAGUUACUUUAAAUUAUUAUUAAUCAUAUAUAUUAUAUGUAAUUUAAAGAAAAUUAACAUGUUUUGGUGUUACCAAAAUAAUAUUAUUUUAAACAAAUAUUGUAUGACUUAAAUUAAAUUUUAAAAAACUGUUUCUUCAUACUUUCUUAUUUCGGCUUUUAAAUAUUAAAAUAAUGAACAAUUAUUGUAGCUGAAAUUAGUAGUAGAAGACUGAAUUACCAAUGACAUUAACCAAUGCAUUUGUGCCAAAACGUGUUUAAUAAUGAAAUUAUAUAUAUAAUAAUUUAUGGGUGGUUAAUAUUUCUAUAGUAUUUUCAUUUUGUAUUGAAACUAAAAAUUAUUCCCUAUAACUCUAUUUAAGGACCAUUGAGUAAGUUAAACUUAGUUGUCCAAACAAAAUGAUAUUUGUUUUUAAUUAAAAUUAUAUACAUUUUAUCUUUAUUUUGUAUAAAUUCGAGCAAGUGUACUGGUUUAAUUCAAUAAUACAUUCCCUAUCUAAUACUUCUAUAUUCACAAUUUAAGAUCAGUUAAUUUUUUACCACCAAAACAUAGUAUACUUCUAUUUUAUAUUAUAAUACAUUUUAUUAUACUUUAUCUUUAACAUAAAUAUA